AUGGCGAAAGUUGUUGCUCCUGGUGCCUUUGGUAGUUCUCUUCAGAUGAAUGGAGUGUCCAAAGCUGCGUCAAAAGCUAAGAGGAAGACACCUUUAGAACUGCGAGAAGAACAAUUGAAGCGGACUAGUUUUGUGGACCAAGCUAAAGAAUCUUUUGAUGCGUUGCGCCCUUGCAAAAGUAUGGAGAGGGAAAAUGGGAUCAAGAAACAAGAACAUUUGAAGAAUCCAAAAUACAUACGUAUGGAUGAACUAUAUCCUGCCAAAAAGGCUCGGUCUUUGAUGUUCUCUGGCAAAGAAAAUCCUCAGGAAAAUGGUGCAAAAGAGCAAUCCAGCAGCUUGAUCAAUGUCUCUUUACUCUCAAAUGUUGCUGCCAACAAAAGACUACAACUACUUCGUGAGGAGAAUAAUGCUUCUACUGAAGUUUCUGAUGAUAUUAAGGCUGAAGCUCGUGGAACAACUGAGGGAUGUAACCCGAUCGUAUUUCGCAGUGUCACUGAACUUUCAACCAGGGGUGAGGAAUUAUCCUCCUUGCCAGCUAUUGAUAUGAACAAAGCACUGAAAGGACUUGCCAAUUUUGUACCAUUGCCGGUUCAUCCUGGUGACACUACUGGGAAGUCUGAUACUGCCUCAUUAACUGGAAAUUUCAUGUCCGAGUUCCAUGUUGCUGGGCAAAAUAUUCCUCUGGACCUUUCCAUGAAGACUUAUGCUCGACUUGUUUCCUUUUCUCCAAUAAAUUGGUUACAUAGGUCAAUCAUGGGUAGCACCUACAAUGGUAUGCCACAGCUAAAGUCGCUGUCGUGUAAUGUGGUAAAUCAAGAUAACAGUAGUGGUUCUGGAUCAUCUGUGGUUUCCCAGGUGUUAAAUUCCAUAUCACUACACUCAUGGGUUUAUCCCCAGUCCACCUUGCCACCUUUUGUCAUUUCCGCCCUGAUGGCAUCUGGAACAGACAGAGGUGAAGUUGAUUUCCUACAAAAGCGACAAUUGGCAUGGGAAGAUGCUUUUCGAAGUCUAUAUUUUAUGUUUCGGAAGAAUCUCUGCAGAAUAUUUUAUGUUUGUACCUCACAGUUUGUGGUAAUGUUCACUGGAAGCUGUGAGUCUGGGGGUGUCAAACGCUCAUGCAAUGCCUAUGUCACUCAGUCAACUAGAAGAUUGAGAGCCACGCUUAAAGACCUUGACAUUUGCUACACUAUGCCUUUUUGCAAAACUAAAAUGGAUGAAACCACUGUUGAAGAUCUUGCUGAACUCUCAGAGAUACAGAAUCAUAACCUUGGCCAGACUCGUUGUUUGCGUUCCGUCUCAAACAUAGAUAAUACUCCAGAAUCUUUCUUGGCUUUUGAUGGAAAUGAGAGUGUACAUGGAUUAUAUGAUCUUCUGCUAAAUUAUAGGUCUUCUUUGGGAUUUCUUCCCACUGCGGACGUUCCUGUAUUAUAUUCACCUGUACCAUUUCAGAAUGCUGCAGUGUCUUCUCCUGAGAUCAAGUUCGCGGAGAUGGUACAAACAGAACAUACAAGUCGCUUCAUCGUUGAGAUUAAGGGAGAGUAUCUUCCACCGUGGAUUAUUAGCAAUAUUUGUGCAAAUGUGGGUGCUAAUGGUCAAAACUUUGAAGCCAGCUUUGUGACCGAGCCAAACUCGGCUAGCUUAAACAUUGGUCUACCACGAGUCCCCGAGAAAACCGGUCCUGAGUCUGGAAUCAUAGAAGGCACAGGAGAAACAAACAAUGAUGCUUCUGGCAUUCCCGGAGCAGUAAUCUGUCCUCAGCUUCGAUUUGGCCACCUGAAAAGCUUGAAGUACUGCAACAAGUCUUACACUGUUUCGCUGUCUCCGUUGUGA